AUGUACAUCCCCAGACAGCAAUUUCUCACCGAGGCCGACAUUUGGCCUCAGCAUACCGAGAGCGUCCUCCAAGCGAAUGACUCAGUCGUUUCCUACCCUGGAGUGCCCGCCGACUUCCAGCCUCCCUACAGAAACAAUCCGGAUAUUCAUAGUAUCGCGGUCUUUAUACAAAUCACAUGGAUGCUAUGGUUCGUGUUGAUACUGUUGAUGAUGUGUCGCGCUCUUUACGACAGAUUCGGCGGCGGCGAAGAGGAAAACUCGGACGCAGAAUCAGAGAUCUCCGAGGCAGGCUGGCGCAUCGAGGACGCCAGCUUACCGGCUAGAUCAGUGGCCUCGCAGCAUCGGAAGAGGUUAAAAAAGCUGGAACAAGUUGCUCCCGCUCAAUCGUUGCUACACUGGAGAGCCGAGAAAUCAGAAGAACAUGUUCAGACCUUUGCAACACUCUCUACGACCCUUAGUUGA